CACGCCCUUACCAAAAAGGUACUGCACCCGGCGUGUCUGGAGCCAAGUACACAGACGUGGAUCGUAUUUAUUCAGCACCGUUUUCUAUUCAAGUGCCUUUUUUCCACAUCCCCUCGCCGACAUGCCCAAAGGUUUCCUGGUGAAGAGAAACAAGAAAGCGGGGCACGUUUCUUACCGGAUUCGCUGCGAUGAUGACGGGCAGGAUGCGUCUCUGGAAUGCCAGGCUCAAAGCGAAGCAUCCCGGCCUGUGUCUGGUACCUCGUGUCCGGAGAUCGCAGCAUCAUCGCCGUCGGAUGCCGCAGACACGCCAGCACACGCCCACGGAGCCAAACCGGUGCAGUUCGGAAAUCCAGAGGCUGUGUACCAAGCCCUGUACAGCCCCACCCGGCCCAUUAGCAAAGAGCACGAGAGGAAAUUUUUCGAGAGAAGUUUCAACCUGGGAUCACCCAUCUCUGCCGAAUCGUUCCCGACUCCUACCUCUCUGACCAGCCUGGACCAGCUCCUGUUCGCUCCGGUCGACUUGAAAAUCGGCUCCAGUAACAGCAGCGCGCCGACCGGGGCCGUCAGGAGCGCCGCCGCGAAAAGGCCCGCAAGUGACAAAAGUAAAAGCGCAGCCAAGAAACCCAAAGCCAUACGUAAGCUCACUUUCGAGGAAGAGGUGACCACCUCCCCGGUGCUCGGCCUUAAAAUCAAAGAGGGACCCGUGGACCUGAAACCGCGAGCCCUAUCCAGUGGAGGCAACAAACCUCUUGGUGAGUUUAUUUGCCAGCUCUGCAAGGAAGAGUAUUCCGACCCGUUCUCUUUAGCCCAACACAAGUGCUCGCGGAUAGUCCGGGUCGAGUACAGGUGUCCCGAGUGCGACAAAGUCUUCAGCUGCCCUGCUAAUCUGGCAUCUCACCGGCGCUGGCACAAACCCCGCACACAGCAGUCUGCGCCUGGCGUGCCAACUUCUCAACCAGCCAAAAGUGACCAAUCCAAAAUGCCCAGAACCUUUGCUGAAGACCCAAGAGUGGAGUACUUAAGCGAGAGGGACUCUCCGAGUCCGGCUCUGUCCGAGUCUGGAUCCGAGGACGGCUUGUACGACUGUCAGCACUGCGGGAAAAGAUUUAAGCGCCAGACGUACCUCAGAAAACACCUGCUCACGCACCAGAUGAUGCGCGACAGCACCUUUCAGCUCACAGAGCCAAGACACAGCGCUGAGAUCCCCCUGCACUCUGCAGACAACAUUCCGAGUCCGAACCCACUGAAUCUGAGUCCGGCUGAGUGCAUGUGUCCGGUUUGCGGUGAGAGUGUUGCGGAUAGAGCGAGUCUGGAGCGUCAUGUCCGCGUCCUGCACUCAUCCCAGGUGUUCCCGUGCAAACACUGCACCGCCACUUUCUACAGCUCACCCGGCCUGACCAGGCACGUCAAUAAAUGCCAUCCAACGGAAAAGAGGCAAGUCAUACUGCUCCAGAUGCCAGUGCGCCCAGCGUGCUGAAGAACAGCGCAACAGCAAAAGAAAAAGAAAAAAAAAAGAAGCGCAUCU